UUUAAUCCGCUUCCGCCCUCGCCAUACCCCUCGUGAGCCCCUCUCUCCCCUCUCCCCCUUCCUCCUCGCCCCCCCACCUCUCUCUCCAGUCCACACCUCGUCCUCCUCCUGCUGCCCCCCUCCCCGCGUUUGGAUCUCGUCCUGCCGGCCGCGGCCGGACGAGGCGCCGACCCGGUCCGACUCACCCCCGCCGACCGCGCGCUUGUCCGCUUACUUAUACCGCUUGCAUUGCCGGGGUUCGCUUCCAUUUGUCCACCCAAUCGCCGCGCCGGGUCGGGGGCGCUGCAGCUCAGCAGCUUGGACUCGGAGGCGGCGCCUUCCGCUUGGCUUUUGCUCCCGGGGCCGGCCGAUCUGAGGCGGCGCUCGCGGGAUUGGUCGCGAGGCUGUGCUUCCCGUGAUGGCGAUUGGAGCUCGGUGACCUGGUGGGCGAGGACUCGAGGCUUGAGGGGGGAGGCUCCGAGGGCGCUGGUCCCUCAGCGAGGGGGACGAGAGGAACACAGGGAGAAUACAUGGCGGCCGGCGGGGUGGGGCACCAGGCGCCCAACGGCGCCUCGGGCAGCGUCAGCAACGGCGCUGCUUCGGCCGCCGCCACGCCGCUGCACAGCUCGGCGGCCUCCACCGCCAACGGCGCCGCCGCCGACGGCUACGACAGCGACGGCUACAGCUUCGCGCCGCCUACACCGUCAACUUUGUCAAUGUCCAUACCUCCAGAGCUUGCUGGAGCAAUUCCAUUAAUUGAUAGAUUCCAGGUGGAGGGCUUUCUCAAAGCAAUGCAAAAGCAGAUUCAUUCGGCUGGAAAACGUGGAUUUUUUUCUAAGAAGUCUGUUGGGCCGCAAGCUCGUGAGAAAUUCACCUUGGAAGACAUGUUGUGCUUCCAAAAGGAUCCUAUUCCAACAUCAUUACUAAAGAUAAGCAGCGACCUUGUAAGCCGCUCAAUUAAGUUGUUCCAGGUCAUACUAAAGUACAUGGGCAUUGACUCACCAGCAAUAUUAAGUUUGGAGGAGAGAAUCGAGCUAGUUGCGAAGCUCUAUAAGCAUACAUUGAAGCGUUCUGAACUUCGAGAUGAACUCUUUGCACAGAUUUCAAAACAAACACGUAAUAAUCCUGAUAGGAGUUGGUCAAUAAGAGCUUGGGAGCUUAUGUAUCUUUGUGCAUCAUCUAUGCCACCAAGUAAAGAUAUUGGGGCAUACUUGUCUGAGUAUGUUCACUAUAUUGCCCACGGAGCCACAACUGAUUCUGAUGUUCGAGUUCUAGCACUGAACACACUAAAUGCAUUAAAACGAUCAGUCAAGGCAGGUCCUAGGAUUACAAUUCCUGCACGGGAGGAAAUAGAAGCUCUUUUAACAAGCCGGAAGCUUACAACAAUUGUAUUUUUCUUGGACGAAACUUUUGAGGAAAUAACUUAUGACAUGGCAACAACAGUUGCUGAUGCUGUUGAGGAACUUGCUGGCAUUAUCAAACUUUCCGUGUAUUCUAGUUUCAGCCUAUUUGAAUGUCGAAAGGUUGUCAAUGGAUCAAAGUCUUCAGAAGUUGGCCACGAGGAAUACAUUGGCUUAGAUGAUAACAAAUAUAUCGGUGACUUGCUAUCUGAAUUCAAGUCAGCCAAGGAUCGCAACAAAGGAGAAGUUCUGCAUUGCAAACUUAUAUUCAAAAAACGUCUCUUUCGUGAAUCAGAUGAGGCUGUGACUGAUCCAAUGUUUGUUCAGCUAUCAUAUGUGCAGUUGCAACAUGAUUACAUUUUGGGAAACUAUCCGGUUGGCAGGGAUGAUGCUGCACAACUCUCUGCUCUGCAAAUAUUGGUUGAGAUUGGAUUUGUUGACAAUCCUGAGUCCUGUGUUGAAUGGAUAUCACUUUUAGAGAGAUUUCUUCCUAGACAAGUUGCGAUUACUAGAGCAAAGCGAGAUUGGGAGCUUGACAUCAUUUCACGCUAUCAGUUAAUGGAACAUUUGUCAAAGGAUGAUGCACGGCAACAAUUUCUCAGAAUCUUGAGGACUCUUCCAUAUGGGAACUCAGUUUUCUUCAGUGUUCGAAAGAUUGAUGAUCCAAUAGGACUGCUACCUGGAAAAAUCAUCUUGGGUAUCAACAAAAGAGGGGUUCACUUUUUCCGCCCGGUUCCCAAGGAAUAUCUACAUUCUGCAGAGCUAAGAGACAUCAUGCAAUUUGGUAGCAGCAAUACAGCUGUUUUCUUUAAAAUGCGAGUUGCUGGUGUUCUUCAUAUCUUUCAGUUUGAAACGAAGCAGGGUGAGGAAAUAUGUGUAGCACUUCAAACACAUAUAAAUGACGUCAUGCUCCGCAGAUAUUCAAAAGCACGCACUUCUACUAGUGUGACUUCUCAGAAUGAUAACCAAUCAUAUAAGCCACCAAAUAUCGAAAUGUAUGAGAAACGAGUCCAAGAACUGACAAAAACAGUUGAGGAAUCUCAGAAGAAAGCAGAUCGGUUGCUAGAAGACCUACAGUUAAAGACAAAACAAGAAACAGAGAUGCAAGAAGAGUUGAAAGGCCUAAGAUACACCUUGCAAUCUGAACACCAAAGUUUUAAAGAUGUAAAAAGUGAGCUGGAUAAGCUUAAAUCGCUAUGUGAUGAGAAAGAAUAUGCUUUGCAGGCUGCCCUGAUGGAAAAAAGUAGACUUGAGACCAGAUUAACAAGUUGCCAGGGCCGUGAGAGAGAUACUUUGACAACUGUAGCCAGCAUCAACAGUGACAUUGAGAUGGUUACAAAGCUUAAGGAGGAGUUGAAAUCAUGCCAGAAAGAGCUGGAUGCAUCGAAAGAAGCCUCAAAGAAGUUAAUGUCCGAAAAAAAUCUUCUUGAUCAGAAGGUUCAAAGGCUUGAAAGAAUGAAAACUGAAGAGAAAAGCUCAAUGGAAAAGGUUUAUGCGGAUGAAUGCCGUAAACUGAAAUCUCAUAUUACUGAUUUGGAGCAGAAAUUGGAAGUUACAACACGAUCUUUAAAUGUGGCUGAAUCAAAUCUUGCCGCAAGAAAUUCUGAGGUGGAUAGCUUGCAAAGUAGUCUGAAAGAACUUGAUGAGUUACGAGAGUUCAAAGCGGAUGUUGACAGAAAGAACCAACAAACUGCUGAGAUUCUUAAAAGGCAAGGAGCACAACUGGUGGAACUUGAAAAUCUUUAUAAGCAAGAACAGGUUCUGAGGAAGCGUUACUAUAAUACAAUUGAAGAUAUGAAAGGGAAAAUAAGAGUUUUUUGUCGGUUGCGUCCUCUAAAUGAUAAGGAGCUUUCUUUAGAGGAGAAAAAUAUAGUUUGCAGUCCUGAUGAAUUUACAAUUGCACAUCCAUGGAAAGAUGACAAGUCGAAGCAACAUAUAUAUGAUCGUGUUUUUGAUGCAGACACUACUCAAGAAGAAGUCUUUGAGGACACUAAGUAUCUGGUACAAUCAGCUGUUGAUGGAUAUAAUGUUUGUAUAUUUGCCUAUGGCCAAACUGGUUCUGGAAAGACGUUCACAAUUUAUGGUUCAGAUAACAAUCCUGGUCUUACCCCAAGGGCGACAUCUGAGCUUUUUAGGGUGAUAAAGCGUGAUGGUAAUAAAUAUUCCUUUUCUUUGAAGGCAUAUAUGGUGGAGCUUUAUCAAGAUAAUCUUGUGGACCUAUUGUUGCCCAAAAAUGCAAAGCAGCAAAAGUUAGAGAUAAAAAAAGAUUCUAAGGGUGUUGUUACAGUUGAAAAUGCGACAGUUGUGAGCAUUUCAAGUAUUGAAGAACUGAGGGCUAUAAUUUCAAGAGGUUCUGAUAGAAGGCACACUGCGGGAACAAAUAUGAAUGAUGAGAGCUCACGGUCUCAUUUAAUUCUUUCAAUCAUUAUUGAAAGUACAAAUCUCCAGACUCAGUCAUAUGCAAGAGGCAAGCUAAGUUUUGUGGACCUUGCUGGUUCUGAGAGGGUGAAAAAAUCUGGUUCAGCAGGAAAACAACUUAAAGAAGCACAAAGUAUCAACAAAUCUCUUUCUGCAUUGGCUGAUGUUAUUGGUGCUUUAUCUUCUGAUGGACAACAUAUACCUUACCGGAACCAUAAGUUAACAAUGCUUAUGAGUGAUUCUCUCGGAGGCAAUGCGAAGACCUUGAUGUUUGUGAAUGUUUCACCAGCAGAGUCUAACUUAGAGGAGACUUACAACUCACUCAUGUAUGCUUCACGUGUUCGUUGCAUUGUUAAUGAUACAAGCAAGCAUGUUGCCCCAAAAGAAAUCGUGAGGCUGAAGAAGUUGAUUGCCUAUUGGAAGGAGCAAGCAGGCAAGCGAAGUGAUGAAGACGAACUGGAAGAAAUACAGGAAGAGAGGGUCUCCAAGGAGAAAGCAGACAAUCGCCUGACUGGCUGACAGUGAGGUACCACCACCGAAUGCUCCUGGUCGUGUUCGUCAAUGCUGAUAUGAAUUUGCGACAGCGGCUGAGUUCUGCGAUCACUCUCUAACAGAACGUUCCGAUAUGAUCUGACGGUGUUGUACACUAAUUGUAUAGUAGUUGCAUAUUACAUUAUGGCAGCGAUGCCCGUUUGUACAAAGAGGAAUGUAGCACACAUUGAUAGAAGGGGAAAAGUUGUUAGGGCUAACGGUUUUUUGGAGGCUUGAUGCGCCCUAACAGCUGGAUCACGUGUUAUCCCUGUAGCAGAUAUUUGAAGCAUCAUGAGCGUUCUCUCACCAAA